GACGUGUCACAAUCAGAAGAAGAGAGCAGAUAAGAAACCCUUUUUUUCCACUCCAUUCUCGUGUUUAUAAGCAUUACUUUCAGAAAUCAAAACUUUUAUGUCUUCCUCCAUGGAUGCUGUAUCCAAGCCUUCUCCUUUUGAAACCCCAGAAGCAGAGGUGGAAGAAAGCAUCAACUUUGACAAGUCUCUUCAGGAGCUAAGAGAGCUGAGGUCUCAGCUUCACCAUGCAGCAGAUUACUGUGAAACUGCGUUCUUGAAAGGCGAAGAGAAGACACAGGUGGUGGAAAACACAAAAGGUUACUUGUGCAGGGCAGUGGUUACUGUUAUAGACCAUCUUGGAAACGUGUCUACCAAUCUUGAAUGCCUUGUUUCUCAGACCAAUGCCUUUUCUGAGGCUGAAUUGCGCAUCAAUUCUCUCAAACAAAGGCUUAAUUCGUGCGGACAAUAUGCUGAUAAGCUUGCCCUCACUAAUAUGCGAUGGAGUGAGAAAUUACCACGUUUCCAUUCCCGUUACUUAUCAUCACCACCUACCCUCGAGAAACCAGGCAGUGAAAGAUCAAGUGAUUUUGAGGGUACGGUGCCAUGGAAAAUAAAAACUAAGAACGUAAUGGAGACGAAUAUAAAGUCAGAAUCUUCUACAAUGGUGCCUGUUCGGGAUGGCUUGUCAGUAUUAACGAGAGUUCCAAAUGCUACGUUUCAUUUCCAAAGUACCCAGAAAGUAGGACGCCAUAGAAAAUCAUUCCAUGGAAGUGACAUUUUGUGGCUCAUUCGGCGCACGAAACGUACACAUUGAGACUUCGCUUCCUAACUCUUAACUCCCCAGUGUCAAUGACUGUUCAUCUUUGAUUUUUUUUUUUUUUAAAUAAAAGCAAACUUGUUAUGUUUAUGUCGCCAAGAUUUCCUGUCUCUCAUAUUCCUCGUGUUAUUUGUGUAUGUAGUUAUUCAGCUUCAACUUCACAAAACCAAAUAUUAUCAGCACAUACGCUUUUCUUUUUU